AUGUCCAUGAACUCCGGCCCGCCCCCGACCACGCAACGCAGCCAGACUGCCGACACGAGCUCGACGAUCAGCGACGGCAGUAUUGGCAACGGCGACCUAGCGAACGGCGGAGUGCUGUCGUCGUUCUUGUCGGGGCGGCACAGUAGCAACUCCGACAGCCUGUACAGCCUUGGCGAGCUGCGCGAGAAAAACGGUAUCGACAAGCUGCUGCCGCCACGGAUACGCUCGCGACGGAGACGCAAGAAGGAGCAGCGGGAAGCAGAAGAGGCGGCGAGGGGGAGGGCAGUUGCGGAGAGAAUGACGUUGGAGGAUAUGCCUAGGGAUAUUGAGGGGGAGAUGGAGGCGGGAUCAGCGAGGACGGACGACGUCGAGGGCGAUCGUGCCAGCCUGUUGAUCUUGGAGUCGGAAGAGUCACCCUUGGUUGCACCACCGCUCAAGUCGCACCCGUCACACAGCGGUUACUUAACGACCUCCUCACCUCUCAUUAAAUCCUCACACGUACCUAACAACGCUCCUCCUGCCCAACAAUCGAGCGCGACCACAUUUCCUACGAAAUCCCCUGCCGCCGUCCGCCUUUCACCCUCCACGACCGCCUCCACACCCGCCCUCACGACGGCGUCCCUACAAGCUCCCCACGAGUUGAAGCCGAAGCGGUCAGCUUCUCCAGUAGGCAGACUGAGAGAAGCAUUCACACCGCGACAGGCACCCAGCCCGAGCUCCAGCCCGGAGCGGAGAUCGAGGGGCUCGACACCAGUGCGCAAGGAAAAGCAGCCGACCUCCAUUAUAAACAGGCGGGGCAGCGUCGCAGCGAGGCUGGGUUCUAUCUUUCCCGACAGGCAAUCGCCGCAACAGUCGCCAGAGGUGCAAACGGUUCGGGCGUCUCCUGAGAGGCUAAAGACCCCCAAGGCCCCAUAUAUGAUAGAGACGAAUGGCCGACCAAGCACGCCUCCCACAACUAUAGAGAAUGCUGCGCCGGCUAUAGUCAAUACUCCUCCGACACCAACCGAGGCUGCCUCACCGCGCUUCUCGGGCUCGCCGAGCUCGACGAAUCCGAAUGUGGUGACGUCCCCGUCGGGGAACAUGAUAUCACACAGACACAUACGCUCGGGAUCAAUAACGAGCGGGAACAGUAUAGGGCCGAGCAAGUUGUCGAAUAUCACGUCAGCACCUCUCACGCCGACGCCGGAGAACGGAUCCGUAACCCCUGGGAACACCCAGCAGACCGGCUUCUUCUCUUCAGUCUUUUCGGCGGCGCAGAACGCAGCGAAUACCCUAACCAAUAGCAUAAACACAACCCUACCGGGACAACAGAGGGCAAGGAGUAACACACAAGAGACGGUUGUCACACUUAUGGAUGACGUUGAGGUGGAAUCUAUAGACGACAACAGGAUAAGAAGUGAUUCGGAGGCCAAGGAGCCGGCUGUGAAGACAUUGGGCAUGGGAGAUCUCAGUCUAAGCCAUCUCGGAAUUGUCGAAUCAACCAGUGCCUCGAAUACUCCUACAACAGCGAAGUUUAACGAUAACCAGUUAAACAGGGGCCGUGCUGCGAUGAUGGGGCCAGAGGACACCGCACGCUCUGGCGCUGCCAGUCCUGUCAUGACAGCGGAGAAGGUGGACCUACCACCGAUGAACGGCGAGGGACUGCAUACAAAGACAUGGCCUGUCUUUGAGCCCAGUGUUGCUGGUGACCACAGCCCACAGAACGGGAGCAUUUUCGAUGGAAGGACAGGCAUUGGCAGGAGCAAUAGCAUCCGCAGUGCCCUUCGGGAAUCCACACGCCGGAAACGUGGCAGCUCUGCAGCGACGGGGACGACCCUCGGAGCUGGACUGGCGACGGGAGCAGCAGCAACGCCGAAGGUGACUGGGUUCGCCGUGGCGAGCAAGAAGCGCAACCGCGAUUUCCACCAGCUGUUCCGUAGCGUCCCUGACGAUGACUACCUAAUUGAAGACUACAGCUGUGCUUUGCAGCGAGAGAUCCUCGCACACGGUCGUCUAUACGUCUCAGAGGGCCACCUCUGCUUCAACAGCAACAUCUUCGGAUGGGUGACAACCCUCGUGAUGAGCUUUGACGAGAUCGUCUCCGUCGAGAAGCGCAGCACAGCACUAGUCUUCAAGAACGGACUCAUGAUCUCCACACUGCACAGCAAGAACAUCUUCGCCUCCUUCACAAGUCGUGACUCCACCUACGACCUCAUCGUCGACAUCUGGAAGCUCGGCCACCCCAGCCUGCGCUCCUCGCUGAACGGGGUCCGCAUCGACGAGACCGGCGGCGGGGAUAAAACCGAAAAAGAAGACUGCGCGAGCGUGAGCGGUGGCUCUGGAUCCGAGUCUGAUAUGACCGAGGAUGGCGUUUACGACGAGGACGAUGAUGGUGAUGACGCACUCAGUUUCUCCGCGCGCUCUGGAAGCUUUGCGGCGUCUGAAGGGUCGCCCGAAAAGCCGGUACCUCGCAAGGCUUUCGCGGCCGCCGGCGGCUCCGCGGCCGAAAGGAAAGAGGGAAGUCCAGUUGGCUCAGAUGCGCCUGGCCCUGCGACGCAUGCACCGACGGAGUGUUCGGACCAAGACACGCACUACGACAAGAUUCUCGCCGACGAGGUGGUCCCCGCGCCGCUGGGCAAGGUCUACAACCUGAUGUUUGGCCCGGCGUCAGCGGCGUGGAUGUCGCGCUGGCUGACGGUGGAUCAGAAGUGCACAGAGCUGACAAUGGAAGAUAAGCGCGGGCUAGGUGGCGACACGAAGACGCGCACAUUCUCGUACAUCAAGCCUCUCAACGGCGCAAUCGGGCCGCGCCAGACGAAGUGCGUCAUCACCGAGACACUCGACGCGAUGGAUCUCGAGAAAGCGGUCAGCGUCACGGUGUCGACGCAGACGCCGGAUGUGCCGAGCGGGAACGUGUUUACCACCAAGACGAAGUACUGUCUUUCGUGGGCGGAGGGAGGCGGGACGAGGCUGCAGAUGAAUUGUACGAUUGAGUGGACCGGGAAGAGUUGGUUGCGAGGCCCCAUCGAAAAAGGCGCCAACGACGGCCAAACAACCUACGCGCGCGACAUCCUCGCCGCCCUCCGCACCGCGAUCUCUCACCCCACACGCACCACCGCCGCAGCCGGCGGACGCAAACGGAAGACCCGCAAAUCCACCACCAAGACCACGCCGUCCCCCUCUCGCUCCCCCAAACCCACAGCCAAGAAAGCAGACUGGGGCGUCCUGGAGCCUCUCCACGGCAUCCUGGGGCCGGUGGCGGAUGUCUUCGGCUCGAUGGGGAGCGCGAAUAUGGUGUAUGGCCUCCUGGUGGGGCUGUUGGUCGCGGCAUGGUUUGGGUUUGGCGAGCGCAGGGGAGGUGGGGGGAUGGAGAGGUGGGGGGGCGCGGAGAGGAUGGUGGCGUAUGACGAGGUGUGGAGGAGGGAGGAGAGUGAGCUUUGGGAGUGGCUUGAGGAGAGGGUUGGGAAGGGGGGUGGGGCGCCGGUGGUGGAGAGGGAGGCGCCGCCGCUGGACGGGGGGAGGGAGAUGGAUGUUGCGAUUAGGGUUACGGAGGAGAAGUUGAGGGCGUUGAAGGGGGCGGUGGAGAAGAGGAAGAGGGUUUGAGGGUUGGAUGUGAUUUGGGCGGGGGUGGAUAACUACAUUAACGAGACUUGUAUUUUAGCGUGCGUGAUUGUUGUGGGAAGAGCGGGGUGGGAAUGUCAAAAUAUGUACGGCCUGAAAUAUGCACAGUCUGUUGAUGGUGAUGUAGAGAUAAGACUCGUAGGAUUCAACCACGGGUUCUGGAGAUGAUUUCUAGGCUUUAGUGAUUGUUUGGAGUGCGCCGUUGUAUUAUAUUAGACUUGGCUUUAUAGGCAGGACGAGUAAAUCCCAGUGUUGCACGAGUACUACUCAGAGUACUACUCAGAUAUCUUCGAGUAGAGUACUGUUUUUGGGCUCGAGUAGAGUAGUACUCGAGUACUACGAGUACUACUCGAGUAUAAAAAUGAAAACAUGAUUGAUAGCUA